GCCCGGGGUGGCGCCGUCGGCUCCCUGCUGCCGUGCCCUCCCGCCGGGCAGGAGCCCGUCUUCCUGCCGCAGGUCAGCCCUGCCGGGUGCCUGGCGCGUGGAAGGCUCGGGAAUAGACAGGCGACCUAUGGCAGCCGGAGUCAGCCAGCAGCUCCCGAGGCCUUGGCGCUCCUCACCCGCCGCCUCCGCCAGGCCCUGCGGCGGGUCACAGGCGUCCCUCUGCGCCCAUCCACGCGGAGUCCGCUCCUGGGGUGUGGUCAGCAUUGGGCUCAGACGCUCUGGACGGUCUGGUACGGGGUCCCCACGUGCCCAGCCGCACGUCUGCGCCCCAGAAUCUCCUGGAGCAUGUCUAGAAGUGGGUUCCGCAGGCCCUUUCCCGGAGGCAGGACCUGGGGUCCUGGCUGCCCAGGGCUCAGAGGCGCAGUCAGGUGUGCGGGGGGCGCAGGUGAGGGGUAUCUUAGGGUGUUAUGUUCUGGGUCAGGUCGUGGCGACGGUUGCUGCUCUGGAGCCCUGCACCUCAGACAGGUGACCGGCGGUGAAAGGGACCCCUCAAUAAAGUUAUCUUUCAAGAGGUGGUGUAUGAGGACUGCCGCAUGGUCAGCCUGACGGCCCCCUACGUGUCGGGCUUCCUGGCCUUCAGAGAGGUGCCCUUCCUGGUGGAUGCCGUGCAGAGGCUGCGGGAGAAGGAGCCCCACCUCAUGCCCCAGGUUCUUCUUGUGGAUGGAAACGGGGUGCUCCACCACCGAGGUUUUGGGGUCGCCUGCCACCUGGGCAUCCUCACGGACCUGCCCUGCAUUGGGGUGGCCAAGAAGCUCCUGCAGGUGGACGGGCUGGAGAACAACGCCCAGCACAAGGAGCGGAUUCGCCACUUGCGGGCGGGAGGAGACACAUUCACGCUCACGGGUGGCUCUGGGGCCGUCCUGGGCAUGGCCCUGAGGAGCCACGACCACAGCACUAAGCCCCUCUACGUCUCGGUGGGCCACAAGAUGAGCCUGGAGGCGGCCGUGCGGCUGACCCACGGCUGCUGCAGGUUCCGGAUCCCGGAGCCCCUGCGCCAGGGGGGACCAUCAGGAGCUUCCCGUGCUGUGGUCCUGAGGCUGCGACCGGUGUGGGGAGUCCAGGCAGCACCGUCCUGGGCUGACAUCCGCUCCCGAGACUACAUCCGCAGGACCCUGGGUGCCCCCGCGCCGGCCCUGGAGAGCAGGAGCCAGAAGCCACAGAAACCAAAAGGGAGCCCCAAGGGAGGCUCAGGAGAGCCAGCAGGUGAAGGGAGGCCCCCCCAGCCCGCUGUCGAGGCCCCAGGCUGGACCGGAGAGCCGCAGACCCAGGCGCCCAGCAGCAGGAGGGCGAGGGCGGCAGGUCUGGAGCAGAGCCGACCCCCUGAAGACCCUCGGCCACCCCCCACUGGGACAAUGACCCACCCUCCGGAGGGGCAGGGCCCCCACAGCUAGUGGAGCCCAGGCCCUGGGGCACAGCCUGCCACACCCUCCUCGGGUGAAGCAGGCACCACACUGCCCUUGGGCGCCCCGGGGCAGCUCCGGGUUGCCGGCAGCAGGCAGAGCCGGACUCCAGGGCGUGUGCCGGGCCCCGCGU